ACAGCUCUCUAAUCCAGUCUGAACGCUGUUCGUCUGGCAGAAAUAGGACAAAAAGAAAACGCGCUCUAUAUCUUUACUCUGACGAAAUGAAAGCAAUAAGCCCCGUGCGGUCUUUGCGAAAAAACAAUGGGAAUUUUUCAGAAUUGGGGAUCUCCCGGAGCAAGACCCCAGUGGACGACCCCCUGAGUCUGCUGUACAACAUGAACGACUGCUACUCCAAACUGAAGGAGCUGGUGCCGAGUAUUCCCCAGAACAAGAGUGUGAGCAGGAUGGAGAUCCUCCAGCACGUUAUUGACUACAUCCUGGACCUGCAGAUCGCCCUGGACUCGAGUGUGGUGCUCUCGCGAACUCGGACCCCCCUGACCACACUCAACACAGACAUCAGCAUCUUGUCAUUACAGUCCCCGGAGUUGCCAUCAGAGCUGACGGCAGAUGACAGGCGGACUCUGCAUCGUUAAAGCGGUGUUCGGAGGACGCAGGGACACACAGCAGGCCGGAGCUGGACUCUACCCUCCGCUCACUCCACCAGCCCUACUCAGCCCCUUCUCAAAGCCCUGGGUGGAUUUGCAUUUUUUUGAUUUCGUCUUGGCGCAAGAGACUUUUGCUUAAAAUGGGACAAUCUUACGUGACGUGUUUUGUGUUUGGACACUUCAUUAUUAUUUAAUUUAAGAGUAUAUUAUUUGCGGCACCUUUCUGGAAAACGGAAGGCGUGUAUUAUCCCAAGUGUGGGAAACGGAAGACUGUGGCAAGGAUUAUUCUCCCCAAGCCCCUUGUUCAAAGCCUUGGCUUUUCUGCGGAGAUGGGGAUGGAACACUGGUUUGUAGCUGUAAAAAGUUGAGUCUUGUAAGAACCGUUGGCACGUUGUUUUUGAGAAACAAGUCAAAUGAAAAUUGAGACCUUGAACUCUUCUCCGGAGUUGAUUCUGUACAGUUGCAGACGUUUCUGCAAAAGUUUAAUGAUGUACCUAAUUAUGGCGAAACUUUUUAUAAAAGUAAUGUAAAUUGUACAUUUUUUUUUAUAGAAAAUAAACCAAAAACGCAA